CAUUGAUAAUUUUUCUCUCAGAAAUCACAUCAUUUUUGCAUCUCCAUAUAGACUAGAAAACAGCAAAGGCCAAAGACCCCCUGCUAACACCAAUUUCUUUUCAUUUUUUGGAUUCUUUUUAAUGCAGUUCCGAAAGCAUGAAUUUAGGUCGGUAGGGGUUGAAUGUAAACUAAAGGCACAUUUCAGAAGACUCCGUAUCAAUCGAACAGCUGAAUAUUGAGAAAACAGAUGAUCAAUACUCUCAUCUUUGCCACAGAAGACACACUAUAUAAGUAUAUAUACAUCUCGUAAAAACAUUAUAUGUAUUGCAGGAGCAUGUUGGGCAUUCGCCACAGUGGGAGCAGUUGAAAGCCAGCUGAAAAGGAAAACCGGGGAGCUACUGGAUCUAUCUGAGCAGGAGCUACUAGACUGUGACACGACACAGAAACCCGGCGGCUGCAAGGGUGGGAAUCCCUACAGGGCGUUUCUGUGGAUAAAGAGCAAGGGAGGCAUCAUGAAGGAGGCCGAGUACUCAUAUGAGGCACAACAGGGGCAGUGCAGGACCAACAAGGACGCCACCCGUAGGGGCCUGGUCUACCGGGCACAACUACUGAGGUCAGGGGAGAGGUUUCUGCAGGAGGCCGUAUAUACGAUGGGCCCGACGGUCGCCGGCAUCGACACGCACGACCGCAGCCUGCAGCACUUCAAGAGCGGCAUAUACAAAGGGCCAUGCGGCACUGCGCUGGACCACGCGGUGCUCGUGGUGGGAUACGGGGUCAGAGAUGGGGAGAAGUACUGGGUCGUCAAGAACUCGUGGGGGCAGACGUUUGGCCAGAAUGGCUUCUUCCUCAUGAGCAGGGGAGCUAAUGGAAACGCCGGGCUGUGCGGCAUCGGGAAGGCGGGCGUCUACGCCCUCGUGUAGUACAGCAUGCAGCAUCAGGCUGGCAUGCAUGAUGGGUGCAUGAGACGGUCGUCUUCUACAUCAACUCGUGGUAUGCGUUGUGAUGAUAUAAUAUACUCCUACUACGUAGAUGGCUUGUGGGUGUUGCCAAAUAAGAUGCAGUGUCCAGAUAAGAUGCACUGCUGCAUGAAGAAUGACACAACGAAGAGCUCAUCGACCUGGUGCAGCAGCCAGCGGGGUUUGUUGUGUGACGUGAUUUCGAUUCGUGUUUGUAGUAGUAACUACUAUACCCUCAUAUAUACAAUGAAUGAGUCAUGAGGCGUAGUGUGUAAUAACUAAUAAAUAAAUCAAUGUUUUAUUUCAUCGUC